CCAAGAUGGAGUCCACCCGACUGACCACACUGAUAUGGCAUUACAUGAACGAGCUGGAGGAGGUCAGGAUCAGGACGGCCCACGAGGUCAAAUACAUUGAGAAAGAAGGUGACAGGCGAAUCCCAACGUCCUCUUGUCGAUUUGUCAAAUUAUAUAUUAAGGGUUGUAUGGUCCAUUUGUCAUUUGCUAUAUUAGAGGUGUCCGGUCGAUUAUCACAUUCAUCGCUAGGGGCUCCCUGGCCUAUUUGUCACAUUCUAAGAAAAGAAUUUUCGAACAGAUCUAUUAGACCGGGUGGAGCUUUUAAAAUUUAUAUUAAAGGGGUGGCUAGACAUACUGUCCGUGACUAUGAUGGAACUAGUCACUCCGAUUAAACCAAUGUUUAGUGAAUGGCUAGACAUAGUGUCUGGAACUAUGAUGGAACGGGUCACUCCAAAUAAACCUAUGUUUAGUGAAUGGCUAAACAUAAUAUCUGUAACUAUGAUGGAACGGGUCACUCCAAUUAAACCAAUGUUUAGUGAAUGGCUAGACAUAGUGCCUGUAACUAAUGAUGGAACAGGUCAUUCCAAUAAAACUUAUUUUUAGUGAAUGGUUAGACAUAAUGUAAGUGGCUGCGACAUUUUCCGGAGUCAGUAAAGCUUCGAAAAUUGCCUGUUAUGAAUCAAGAUACGACAUUUCAUGUAAUAUGUCAAGCAACGAAAUUUUCCGAAAUGAGUUUAGCUGAGACAUUUCCCGUAAUUUUUCUAGCUGCCUAAUUUCCCUUAAUGAGUAUAGCUGCGACAUUUCCCAUAAUGAGUGUAACUGCAACAUUUACCGUAAUGAGUCUAGCUGCGAAAUUUCCCUAAAUGAGUCUAGCUGCCACAUUUGCCGUAAUGAGUCUAGCUGCAAACUUUCCCGUAAUGAGUCUAACUGCCACAUUUCCCGUAAUGAGUCUAACUGCCACAUUUACCGUAAUGAGUCUGACUGCCACAUUUCCUGUAAUGAGUCUAGCUGCGAACUUUCCCGUAAUGAGUCUAACUGCCACCAUUCCCAUAAUGAGCCUAAGUACCACAUUUCCCGUAAUGAGUCUAGCUGCGGCAGUUUUCAAAGUUUUAUAGCCAUUUUAAUUGUUUCUAUAGUAUAGUAGUUACUAUCCUAAUGUCUCAUUUUUAUUUUAGUUAGUUUACAUGUUUUUAAUCAUUGUAAAGCGCUUAGAGCUUUAAGGUAAGCGUUAUAUAAAAAUGCCUAAAUAAAUAAAUAAUGAGCCUAAGUAAGUAGUGUAGUAGGGUCAAAUCAAUUAGUAUUUUGGAGGAGGCUGGGAGGAGUUUCUAUUCCAAAGGGGAAUAACCCGAUAAUUACUUUUUUGUAAUGGUCUUAUAAAAGUGACAUCACUUUGCUUUCUGUUGUUGUACGAGUGUAAUUAUAUUGAAUUGAUUAUAUUUGUACUGUUGUACAAAGCUAUAUUUGAUUGCUUAAUUUGUGCAUGCCUAAUAUUAUUGAUUUGUAAUUAAGUUGAUUAAUUUUAAAAGUAUUUUAAAAAGAAGACAAAAGAGGGAUUCGUAUUUUAUAUUAAUUUUAUUAUAUCAUUCAAUGUAAUCAAUUUAAGUGGUUAUCAUAGUGUUUUGGGUAUAUUUUUUUUCUUGUAUUUUAAUUAGUUUCCUUGUCUAUUUUAAGUGAUUCUCAAAGUAUGGGGGUCAUUUUUGGUUGCCUUUUAAUAAGUUUUCUUAUAUUUUUAAUUAGUUUUCUUGUAUAUUUAAAGUGGUUAUCACGAUGUCGGGGUCGAUUUUCUAAUAAGUGGUUCUCAUUAGGUGUGAAUCAUAACGAUUUUUCUUCUCGUUAUUGAAUAAUUCGGUUGUAACAGGAUAACUUUAUUGAAUUUUAUUUAUGAGUAAUCAAAUAUUUCUCAUUUUCAGGGGGUUCUCAAAGUGUUUUGGUUGUAUAUUUUCUUGUAUUUUAAUUAGUUUUUUUGUCUAUUGUAUAUGGUUUGGUAGGCAGGACAAGUGGUUUUAAGCUUCUUCUUGGCAAGUUUGAGGAUUGAGUAGGGUCCUAAUUAGAGUUAUUGUAGUGUGUUGUUUAAAUUUUUUUAGGUUUAGUGAGUUAUGUUUUGUGCGCAUGACAGAUGUUUUAAGUUUCUUCUCGUCAAUUUUCGAUUGAGUGGUUAUCAUUUUUUUACUUUCUAAUAAGUGGUUCUCAUUAGGUGUGAAUCAUAAAGAGUUUUCUUCUCGUUAUGGAAUAAUUCGAUUGUAACAGGAUAACUUUUUUGAAUUUUAUUGAUGAGUAAUCAAAUAUUUCUAAUUUUUAGUGGGUUCUCAAAGUGUUUUGAUUGUAUACUUUCUUGUAUUUUAAUUAGUUUUCUUGUAUAUGUUAAGGUAUUCUCAAAAUAUGGGGGUCAUUUUUGGUGGCAUUUUAGUAGGUUUUCUUAUAUUUAAAAUCGUUUUCUUAUAUAUUUAAAGUGGUUAUCACUAUGUCGGGGUCAAUUUUCUAAUAAGUGGUUCUCAUUAGGUGUGAAACAUAACGAGUUUUCUUUUGUUAUUGAAUAAUUCGGUUGUAGCAGGAUAAUUUUGUUGAAUUUUAUUUUAUGAGUAAUCAAAUAUUUCUCAUUUUCAGCAGGUUCUCAAAGUGUUUUGAUAGUAUAUUUUCUUGUAUUUUAAUUAGUUUUCUGUCUAUUUAAAGUGGGUAUCGCGAUGUCGGAGUCGAUUUUCUAAUAAGUGGUUCUCAUUAUGUGUGACUCAUAACGAGUUUUCUUCUUCUUAUUGAAUAAUUCUGUUGUAACAGGAUAAGUUUAUUGAAUUUUAUUUAUGAGUAAUCAAAUAUUUCUCAUUUUUUUCAGUGGGUUCUCAAAAUGUUUUGAUAGUAUAUUUUAUUGUAUUUUAAUUAAUUUUCUUGUCUAUUUUAUAUGGUUUGGUAGGCAGGACAGGUGGUUUUAAAUUUCUUCUUGGCAAGUUUGAGGACCGAGUUGACUCAUAGUCUGCGUUUUUGUAGUGUUUUGUUAAAAUUUUUAGGCUUAGUGAGUUAUGUUUUGUGCGCAUGACAGAUGUUUUAAGCUUCUUCUUGACAAGUUUGAGGACCGAUUUGACUCAUAGUUUGCGUUUUUGUAGUGUGUUGUUUAAAUUUUUAGGAUUAGUGGGUUAUGUUUUGUACGCAUGAAAGAUGUUUUAAGUUUCUUCUUGUCAAUUUUGAGGGGUAGGGUCCUAAUUAGCGUUUUUGCAAUUUGUUGUUUAACUUUGUAGGCUUGGUGGGUUAUAUUUUUAAUUAGUUUUCUUAAUAAUACGAGAACCAUUGAGUUAUAUUUUUCCAUAGUCUUACAAUGCGCCAGCUUGGGUCUUCCAAAUCCCAAGGUCUGUUGCUAUUAAGUACACAUGACCCUUCGACACGUGUGUGAGUAACGUUAUCAUUUAAACCGGCCAGGGAGUAAACGGGGCGGGCAUGGCGUGUAAAAAAAAAUCAAUUGUGGGGGGGGGGGGGUAGGGGUCGUGGAAUGUACGUGCAUACCAGCGUUAGUCAGGGGAUAUGGGGGGUGGGGGUCAAUUUUCUAACGAGUGGUUUUCAAAGUAUUUUGAUUGUAUUUUUUUUUCUUAUACUUUUUAAUAGUUUUCUUGUAUAUUUUAAGUGGGUCACAAAGUGUUUUGAUUGUAAUUUUUCUUAUAUUUUUAUUUAGUUUUCUUGUAUAUUUUAAGUGGGUUUAAUUAUGUAAUUUUUUUUUACUAAGCAUCUUUAAAAUUCAACCCUACAUAAUUACAAAUAGAGUGCAGAGAACACGGCUAGCCUAGGCUAAGGACACAUACCCAUUUCUAAGGUUAUGUGUAAUGACUGUCUUAAAAUUAAAACAAUAGUGAUAAGAAAACUCGCAACUUAUACCCGGUUAGCCCAGCUAACAUACCAUAACACCCCUUUACUGGACAGGUCUAAUUUAACGGUUUCCAGAGACGGGGUAGAGCUAGAAAACCGUCAGACUAUGGGCAGACACCGGCACGUGAGGCAAAGCUCCCAGGUGUUUUAGUACAAGGGACCUAUUGGACUGGGGGAAUUAGGGGUGUUACUAUAGCAGAAGUCUGUGUAUUAACGGCUUAGUGUAUUAGAAAGAUUUAGACCCCUUUGUUUAGAUGAAAAUGAUCGAGGGUUUAAUGGUAGACACAAACAUUACACGUGCACAGAGGGGAGGGGGAUUGUAAGCGAUACGGGAGUAAAUAACUUUUAGUGACAAGGGUUCUAAAAAUUUUAGGUUGUGAUGAUUAUUAGUAAAGUAUAUACAUCAACACCAUGUAGAAAAUAACAGGGUGUUAUACAUUUUAAUAGUAUUUUUAAUUGUCUGAUACAAACAUAGUUAUUUUAAGUCAUACAUUUUAAUAGUUUUAUUGAUAUUAUUUUUUUUAAAAUGUCGUUUUUUAAAGAAUACAGGAGGGCCCUUGUGUUUAUACAAACUUUCGUUUGUCCAGCUGCUUGUCUUUGGUCCAGCGGUUGUCUUUUUAUACACAUGUCUAUUGUCAACUCCUAACGUCUUCUUGGAUUGAUUACAUUCGUCAGUUCUUUCAUACGUUGAAGCGUCGUACUAUUCUCACUAUCAAUUAACAAACUCAACUCCUUUUCAUAAUAACUAUAACUUUAAUAUCUAAGUAAAUAUAAUAAACAUCCUAUCACUCCAAGGUUCCACUCAAGACUGCCGCACGACUAAAACAUACGUCACAACACGGCAUAGACAAUACGUCACGACUCAGCAUAAAAAUACGUCAUAAAUACAAUGGCGGGAAGAGCGUUCACUAACUAUAAUAGUCAAGCGCGGGAAAAGCGUUCAAUAACUAAUGAACAUAAUAUUGAGUCGCAACAAUUCCUAAUGAACGCUCAACUCGACAUAUCCCCCCUCUUUCAUUUCAGAUUUUACUCAGGGAGUGAAAUCGUCACUAGACAUACAAAAUUUACAUCAAUUACAUCAAGAAGAACCCUUCAGCCAUAUGAAUGGUCCUUAUCAAAAAACAUUAUUUAGGUAUCACUGAAAAUCAAACAGAUUUAUGAUAUACAGCAAUAAAAUAAACAAUCCUUCGUACAUAAUUUUAAAUGGAAUUCAAGAGUUAAAAAUUCAUGUACGACAAUAAAAAUCAGACCAUUGUAAUUGAAUGUCAACAUUAAUUUUCAUUUUUCAUACCAAUAAAAAUAAUUAUAUUUUUAUCUCAAAAAUCAGGGCAAACACAUCAACAUCCUUACUGAAUUUGAAACUAUAACUAAGUUAAUCCAAAUCAUAUUAUCAAAAAGGUGCAUUUUUAAACAAAACCAAUGGUCAUCACUAUAAAAACACAAAACUAUCUAACAUUAAUACAGGUGAGAGAUGUCUCACCACAAUUUAAGCAGCCUUUAUUUGCUCUUAAAUAACACAACUACAGAUGGCGGGACAUAUCUUUUGUCCGUGGAUUUCACAACUUUAUGCUUCAACAUGUUUAUUAUUAUUAGAAUUAUCUCUUCCUGUUCUUUUGACCCGUGGUCAUAACUCAUGUGAAACCUCAGUUUUACAAUACAUAUUUUUAAAUUGUUACAAAAUGAAAAACGAUUCUCAUAAAAAAGAAAUUCAAACAAAUCAGGAACUUCAAAGAAAUCAUGGCAACAGUUCAUUUUAACAGAUUCAUUUUGUUUAACAAUACAAUUAAAAGCCUCACCUCCCAACUCAUGGACCUGACAACUCACCUCCUCUUGAAAAUCAUAAACAAGUGCACCUUUAGAGCUGGCAGCGCUCUCUUUAACACUUUCAACAUUGGUUUCCAACUUAAUGUUAGAGCACUCCUGGCUCUCAAAAUCUGGACAACCUUCACUCACAUUACUUGGGAAUUUAUUUUCAUUACAGCUAUCUGUAACAAUAUGUGAAUUUGAGCAGCCCUGGCUCACAUUUACAGGUGAUUCAUUAUCAUUACAGCUAUCCGUAACAAUAUGAAAAUCUGAGCAGCCCUGGCUCACAUUUGCAGGUGAUUCAUUAUCAUUACAGCUAUCCGUAACAAUAUGAAAAUCUGAGCAGCCCUGGCUCACACUACCUAUUGAUUCAUCAUCAAUACAGCUCUCUGUAAUACUAUAAAAUUUUGAGCAACCCUUGCUCAUAACAACUUGUGAUACAUUUUCAUUGCAGAUCUCUGCAGUAACAUCAAAACCUGAGCACACCUGGCUCACAUUAUCAACUAAUUCAUAUUCAUUACCAGUACAUAUCUCUGUAAAAAUAUCAUUUGAGCAACCUUUGCUCACAUUACACAGUGACUCAUUUACAUCACAAUAAUUAUCAACAACAAUUUUCUCUCCUUCCCCCACCUCAGGGAUUACACUCACCUCAUCAACCUCACACAAAAAAUCAACUUCAGGACUUACAUUAUCUGAUGGCUCACCAUGAGAUACAACAAAAAUCAUGUCCUCAGACAUUAGAACAGGGUUCUCUUUGCUUUCGAGGCAGCCCGUUUCCAUACCAACCAAUUCAUUACAUGCUGUUUCACUGGGACACUCCCCCACAUACGUCCACCUAAGGUCAUUUCCAAUGACUUCUACCUUAUUAAAUUGUGGUCCCCUUUCUUCUUUACAUUGGACUUCCUGGUAUACACCAACUACUUCAACCUCGUUUUGACCUGAAUCUAAAGCUAUAUCUGUACCCUUUGCCACUGGGGGUAUGUCAGCACGGUCAACGUUGUCCCUUUUAACGUUAGCCGACGGAUCAAUUAACAAAUCACUGUCAUUUCCAUUUAAAAAAAUUGAGUCGUCAGCAGAGGCAACAAUAUCAUUUUGUUCCUCAGUAUCUUUAACCAUGAACCGUGGCUGCGAGGCCGGCUCUUGCCUGGGGUCAGGAUCACGAGUAUGUCCACCGUUAUCCACACAUUUGUUUUCACUUACAUUAAUAGAAACUCUAUUAAAAUUUUUAUAGGGAUUCUCACAGUGAAUGCUGGCAAUGCCAUAAUAUAUUUCUUCCCCCUCACUCUCGUCAUCGUCACUGUCGCUAUAAUAAUAUGCCUGUCUCUUUAAAAUAAUUUCCCGUCGUUCAGCCUCUAAUUCCGCCAGUCUAAUUUCUCUAUCAAGUUUAUCUAGUUCAGAUUGUCUCUGAAUCUGUUUAUCUCUAUAUAUACGUUCUUCCUCUCUCUGUCUAUCUAUACGUUCUUUCUUUCUCUGUCUAUCUAUACGUUCUUCCUCUCUCUGUCUAUCUAUACGUUCUUUCUGUCUGGCUCUAAGUUCUUCCUCUCUCUAUGUCUAUAUAUACGUUCAUUCUCUCUCUGUCUAUUUAUACGUUCUUCCUCUCUCUGUCUAUUUAUACGUUCUUCCUCUCUAGCUCUAAGUUCUUGUACUUCAAACUUAACUCUUAUAUACUCCUCUAGGUUCUCUCCCGUAUAAAGAAGUAACACACCCACAUGCCUAAUUUCUUCUAAACUCCAUUUCCUACUGACAUAUCCAGCCAUAGCAAUACAAACUAUGGGUGAUCAUACAAUAAACAAUAAUUAGGUUUAAGGACCAAUCGCAGUCUGUUUAAACUAACUCUAGCAAAAAUCUAAGUUCUACCCAGGUAAAAAAAAUGUUAAUACAGAAGUCAUAAGAAAAUGAAUGCCAACAAUGUUUUAAACAAUAAAAAUCCAACUUGCCUGGUUCGUGGAAAGUCCUAUAGAAUUUAAAUAUUAUUCAAAACACACACUGAGCUUAAUUAAGUGUCAAUGGUUCUUUACUGUCAAUAGUUCUCUCACAAACUUCAAUUGUCCUAUAUGGCGAUCUUGGGAAACAGUCAUUGAGGUGUGGGUGACCGGGACGGGUCACGGGACAUCGGCAGCUCACUGGACAGAACGUAGGCGAAUCGCCGACACUGGACAGUUCGUGGAUAACUCACCAAAACAGGAUCGGGCAUAGGAAGCUUGAUGCGGGACGGGACGUUGGUGGCUCGUUGAAACAGGACAGGGCGUUGUUAAACUGAGUGACCGGACAGGCCACAGGACUUCACAGCUCACUGGACACGAAGUUGGUAGCUCACUACCGACAGGACGUAGAUAACUCGAUACAGGGAAAUGCGUAGUUAAUUCACUGGAACUCAACUGGACGUUGGCGACUUGACGAAGGUCAGGGCUGGGUAUUUCACUGGAACUUGACACGAAGUUGGUAGCUCACUACCGAAGGAACGUAGAUAACUCGAUACGUGGAGGGGCGUAGUUAAUUCACUGGAGCUGAACACGAAGUGGGUAGCUCACUACCGACAGGACGUAGAUAAUUCGAUACAGCGAUGGGCGUAGUUAAUUCACUUGGCUUAAUAAAGUGUCAAUGGUUCUUUACUGUCAAUAGUUCUCUCACAAACUUCAAUUGUCCUAUAUGGCGAUCUUGGGAAACAGUCAUUGAGGUGUGGGUGACCGGGACGGGUCACGGGACAUCGGCAGCUCACUGGACAGAACGUAGGCGAAUCGCCGACACUGGACAGUUCGUGGAUAACUCACCAAAACAGGAUCGGGCAUAGGAAGCUUGAUGCGGGACGGGACGUUGGUGGCUCGUUGAAACAGGACAGGGCGUUGUUAAACUGAGUGACCGGACAGGCCACAGGACUUCACAGCUCACUGGACACGAAGUUGGUAGCUCACUACCGACAGGACGUAGAUAACUCGAUACAGGGAAAUGCGUAGUUAAUUCACUGGAACUCAACUGGACGUUGGCGACUUGACGAAGGUCAGGGCUGGGUAUUUCACUGGAACUUGACACGAAGUUGGUAGCUCACUACCGAAGGAACGUAGAUAACUCGAUACGUGGAGGGGCGUAGUUAAUUCACUGGAGCUGAACACGAAGUGGGUAGCUCACUACCGACAGGACGUAGAUAAUUCGAUACAGCGAUGGGCGUAGUUAAUUCACUGGAACUGAACACGAGGUUAGUAAUUUGAUAACGGGCAGGACGUAGGUGGUUGAUGGAGUUACUGGCGCAUGCAACUCACAUAAACUUGACACACGGUGGCAGCGGGGUUCCGACAUUGAAUUACGGGAACAUGCGACGAUGGUUGUAACUUCACUAAAGUUGAAUAGUAAGAAGGUUCUUGUACUUUACCUCAAGUAUGAAAAUAACGAGGUUCACCAAUCCCGGACGAGAAGCCCCCAUGUCAACUCCUAACGUCUUCUUGGAUUGAUUACAUUCGUCAGUUCUUUCAUACGUUGAAGCGUCGUACUAUUCUCACUAUCAAUUAACAAACUCAACUCCUUUUCAUAAUAACUAUAACUUUAAUAUCUAAGUAAAUAUAAUAAACAUCCUAUCACUCCAAGGUUCCACUCAAGACUGCCGCACGACUAAAACAUACGUCACAACACGGCAUAGACAAUACGUCACGACUCAGCAUAAAAAUACGUCAUAAAUACAAUGGCGGGAAGAGCGUUCACUAACUAUAAUAGUCAAGCGCGGGAAAAGCGUUCAAUAACUAAUGAACAUAAUAUUGAGUCGCAACAAUUCCUAAUGAACGCUCAACUCGACAUAGUCUAUCCUUUUCACAACAGUGGAAGUCACGCUAAUAAAUUGUUUUGUCCACCAAUACCAAGUUGAAUUUCUUCCCGUCUGUUCAAGGGAAGACAAGUCGGAUGAUCAUGAAUUAAAGAAAGCUGCAAUUUUAUACGUAGGUGGCACCCAACACAGUUGCGCUAAUAUACAUAGGUCAAAACUUGUUCGUCCCAAUUGAACACACUCAACAAUGUUUUUCCUAAAUAAAUUAUAACGUACUGGUGUCGUAAUGGUUAAAUUAACUUAUUGUUAAUGAGUUUGGUGUUAUCUUGAUACAGUGGCCAGGGCACCAAAUCCUACAAAUACAAUAACAGUAAAUAAAACAAAUUUCCAUAUCGUUUCAUCCAGUUCUCUUUGGUCUGGAAAAAACGCAAUGAAACCAUCCUGAAAAUUAAGAAUAAUACAUAUAGUUAUAGUAUGAUCUAUGUUUUUUCUUUGUGUCCAACGAUAACGUAUAAUUUCCAGACUGAAAGCCUUGCCUAGGGCGCCUAAACUAGUAAUUUGUAUUAACUAUACUAUAGUCUUUAGGUCUACUUAAAACUAUAAAAAAUAAAAUAAUUACCCAUCCUCCAUUGUCGAGAAUCCAUUUUCCAAGUUUGUUAGCAACAUAUUUUCCAACAAAUAAGGCAAACUUCUUUUGGUAAGGUAUGGACCUCGAAGAAUAGGAUUCAUUUAUGUUAUCAGAUUGUUCAUUUUUAUUAUGGUCAAUGUAAUACUUGACAACUCGUGCAGCAAAGGCAUAAACAGCAACAAGCCUUCCCCAGUUUACUUGUCCAUCAGCAAAGAUUUCAUCCGCAACAAUAACAAAAGUUGGAAAUGCAUUUGUUUCAUCUGGUUUUAGUCUGUUGACCAGCCCUGUAAAAAUUAAAUCAUGCCGAUCUGACAGCUCUUUCACAGUACGCCGUAAGGUGCGACAAUAUUUAUUGCGAGGCUUUUUAGGAUUCACUUGAUCAAAAUUAAUAAGUAAAUCUCCUGCUAUAGACUCUGCCUCACGACAAAUUUUAUCCAACGGUGAGUUGGAGAAUGUCUGGGGACUAGCUUCCAUCACGCUUGCAAUAUCGACUUAUAGUGUUAUGUAUCACUUUUCCACACUUGGAACACAAAAAAUUAAGUAAAAACGAAGCGGCUAUAAGAAAAAAAGCCACUUUAAAGUUUAAAUUUAGAUUGUAAGACAUUUUAAAUCAUGGCCCAUCUCCUCCACAUUAGCAAUCAACUUGUCACCGAUAAAGACAAAAUCUGUUUCUAAGACAUCAAGAAAGUAUUGAAACGAUUGAUCCAAACCCGAGUUAAGCAAAAUAAGCAAAAAUAACUCAGACUGAGUUGUAAUAUUCCUGUGACUCAAAAUGUCCUCCUGCUCAGUGGUGGUAAAAAUGCCCCGUUGAACCAUACCAUUGAGAAUGUAACGGGGAGCUAAGUUAUCCACAAGAAAUGUCCAAUUUUUAAGUAGGAUUGUUUUAUCUGUGUGGUUCAUACUGGUUACUCGCCCGCAACAACACGUGUAGUUUGCGCUGAACCUGAUAGAAUAAAUCCAGAGGUUCUCAACCAAUGAAGCGGGUCAAAUGUUAAACGGUUCUCUCAUCUAUCCUAUAACUCGAUUAUUUUCUCUUUAGUCUAGUUCACAAAGGGUUCGUAUCGCAAAAUCAAGUCUCUUUAACUUUGCAACCGUGUGGGACACCGGGAUUUUCACAAGUGCAGAAGUCACGAAGGUUACUCUAGCAAACGCUUGGCACAGAUGUGCCUUCCCAUCUCUACCCCACAGCUCGACUCUAAUCCUUUUCCCAACCACCGCUCAACAAAGUACCCUUCCUUUCCCGACCCAACUUUACGAGGGCCAUCUUGUUCGUCUCACAGGGACGCUUAAAUUUGUUUCCCCACCACACCUUAAAAAUGUUUACAAAUGCAAACUUUACGACAUGUCCAGCUACCACAUCAUAACACCCCAUUUGUGUUUUGUCUUGUUUCUCAACUAACUUUCUGUCUGACUUACCAACUGCGGGGACAUCUGGAUUUUUUCAAAGGCAGUUUUUAAUUUUCUCAAAUCAAGUUUUUUAAAGUUCUCAAAUUAAACUUUUAAUCUUUACCACGCAGUGUUUUAAUAGUUACCAUGGAACUUUUAAUUGUUACCAUGCAGUGUCUUAAGUGUUACCAUGCAAUGUUUUAAGUGUUACCACGCAGUGUUUUAAUAGUUACCAGGCAACUUUUAAUUGUUACCAUGCAGUGUUUUAAUCGUUACCAGGCACCCAUUUCAUUUCAUCGACCCACUCAACCUCUUUCCAUCCAACAUUACCCGUCAAAACUUUACGAUGGUCAUCUACCAUAUCACAUACCAAGUUAGUGUUUUGUCUUCUCUGACCACAGACAUCUGUCUUCGUCUCAUCUAACAGAUAUUCCUACCUCCAUCUUUUUUUUUUUUCUGAUCAUCUCAACUCUUUGAACAUCUCUCAUGCUACCACAGACAAGUCCACAGUCAAACAUUAUUAAUAUGUCCAUCAUUUUAAAACUGCCUUUGAAAAAAUCCAGAUGUCCCCGCAGUUGGUAAGUCAGACAGAAAGUUAGUUGAGAAACAAGACAAAACACAAACGGGGUGUUAUGAUGUGGUAGCUGGACAUGUCGUAAAGUUUGCAUUUGUAAACAUUUUUAAGGUGUGGUGGGGAAACAAAUUUAAGCGUCCCUGUGAGACGAACAAGAUGGCCCUCGUAAAGUUGGGUCGGGAAAGGGAGGGUACUUUGUUGAGCGGUGGUUGGGAAAAGGAUUAGAGUCGAGCUGUGGGGGAGAGAUGGGAAGGCACAUCUGUGCCAAGCGUUUGCUAGAGUAACCUUCGUGACUUCUGCACUUGUGAAAAUCCCGAUGUCCCACACGGUUGCAAAGUUAAAGAGACUUGAUUUUGCGAUACGAACCCUUUGUGAACUAGACUAAAGAGAAAAUAAUUGAGUUGUAGGAUAGAUGAGAGAACCGUUUAACAUUUGACCCGCUUCAUUGGUUGAGAACCUCUGGAUUUAUUCUAUCAGGUUCAGCGCAAACUACACGUGUUGUUGCGGGCGAGUAACCAGUAUGAACCACAGAGAUAAAACAAUCCUACUUAAAAAUUGGACAUUUCUUGUGGAUAACUUAGCUCCCCGUUACAUUCUCAAUGGUAUGGUUCAAGGGGGCAUUUUUGCCACCACUGAGCCGGAGGACAUUUUGAGUCACAGGAAUAUUACAACUCAGUCUGAGUUAUUUUUGCUGAUUUUGCUUAACUCGGGUUUGGAUCAAUCGUUUCAAUACUUUCUUGAUGUCUUAGAAACAGAUUUUGUCUUUAUCCGUGACAAGUUGAUUGCUAAUGUGGAGGAGAUGGGCCAUGAUUUAAAAUGUCUUACAAUCUAAAUUUAAACUUUAAAGUGGCUUUUUUUCUUAUAGCCGCUUCGUUUUUACUUAAUUUUUUGUGUUCCAAGUGUGGAAAAGUGAUACAUAACACUAUAAGUCGAUAUUGCAAGCGUGAUGGAAGCUAGUCCCCAGACAUUCUCCAACUCACCGUUGGAUAAAAUUUGUCGUGAGGCAGAGUCUAUAGCAGGAGAUUUACUUAUUAAUUUUGAUCAAGUGAAUCCUAAAAAGCCUCGCAAUAAAUAUUGUCGCACCUUACGGCGUACUGUGAAAGAGCUGUCAGAUCGGCAUGAUUUAAUUUUUACAGGGCUGGUCAACAGACUAAAACCAGAUGAAACAAAUGCAUUUCCAACUUUUGUUAUUGUUGCGGAUGAAAUCUUUGCUGAUGGACAAGUAAACUGGGGAAGGCUUGUUGCUGUUUAUGCCUUUGCUGCACGAGUUGUCAAGUAUUACAUUGACCAUAAUAAAAAGGAACAAUCUGAUAACAUAAAUGAAUCAUAUUCUUCGAGGUACAUACCUUACCAAAAGAAGUUUGCCUUAUUUGUUGGAAAAUAUGUUGCUAACAAACUUGGAAAAUGGAUUCUCGACAAUGGAGGAUGGGUAAUUAUUUUAUUUUUUAUAGUUUUAAGUAGACCUAAAGACUAUAGUAUAGUUAAUACAAAUUACUAGUUUAGGCGCCCUAGGCAAGGCUUUCAGUCUGGAAAUUAUACGUUAUCGUUGGACACAAAGAAAAAACAUAGAUCAUACUAUAACUAUAUGUAUUAUUCUUAAUUUUCAGGAUGGUUUCAUUGCGUUUUUUCCAGACCAAAGAGAACUGGAUGAAACGAUAUGGAAAUUUGUUUUAUUUACUGUUAUUGUAUUUGUAGGAUUUGGUGCCCUGGCCACUGUAUCAAGAUAACACCAAACUCAUUAACAAUAAGUUAAUUUAACCAUUACGACACCAGUACGUUAUAAUUUAUUUAGGAAAAACAUUGUUGAGUGUGUUCAAUUGGGACGAACAAGUUUUGACCUAUGUAUAUUAGCGCAACUGUGUUGGGUGCCACCUACGUAUAAAAUUGCAGCUUUCUUUAAUUCAUGAUCAUCCGACUUGUCUUCCCUUGAACAGACGGGAAGAAAUUCAACUUGGUAUUGGUGGACAAAACAAUUUAUUAGCGUGACUUCCACUGUUGUGAAAAGGAUAGACAUGUGUAUAAAAAGACAACCGCUGGACCAAAGACAAGCAGCUGGACAAACGAUUGUUUGUAUAAACACAAGUGUCCUCCUUUAUUCUUUAAAAAACGACAUUUUUUAAAAAUAAUAUCAAUAAAACUAUUAAAAUGUAUGACUUAAAAUAACUAUGUUUGUAUCGGACAAUUAAAAAUACUAUUAAAAUGUAUAACACCCUGUUAUUUUCUACAUGGUGUUGAUGUAUAUACUUUACUAAUAAUCAUCACAACCUAAAAUUUUUAGAACCCUUGUCACUAAAAGUCAUUUACUCCCGUAUCGCUUGCAAUCCCCCUCCCCUCUGUGCACGUGUAAUGUUUGUGUCUACCCUCAAACCCUCGAUCAUUUUCAUCUAAACAAAGGGGUCUAAAUCUUUCUAAUACACUAACCAGUUAAUACACAGACUUCUGCUAUACUAACACCCCUAAUUCCCCCAGUCCAAUAGGUGAGAUCCCUUGUACUAAAACACCUGGGAGCUUUGCCUCCCGUGCCGGUGUCUGCCCAUAGUCUGACGGUUUUCUAGCUCUACCCCGUCUCUGGAAACCGUUAAGUUAGAACUGUCCAGUAAAGGGGUGUUAUGGUAUGUUAGCUGGGCUAACCGGGUAUAAGUUGCGAGUUUUCUUAUCACUAUUUUUUUAAUAUUAAGACAGUCAUGACACAUAACCUUAGAAAUGGGUAUGUGUCCUUAGCCUAGGCUAGCCGGGUUCUCUGCACUCUAUUUGUAAUUAAGUAGGGUUGACUUUUAAAGAUGCUUAGUAAAAAAAAAUUACAUAAUUAAACCCACUUAAAAUAUACAAGAAAACUAAAUAAAAAAAAAAGAAAAAUUACAAUCAAAACACUUUGUGACCCACUUAAAAUAUACAAGAAAACUAUUAAAAAAUAUAAGAAAAAAAAAUACAAUCAAAAUACUUUGAAAACCACUCGUUAGAAAAUUGACCCCCACUCCCCAUAUCCCCUGACUAACGCUGGUUUGCGCGUACAUUCCACGACCCCUACCCCCCCCCCACUACUUAACUACAGGUGGCCCAAUUGAUUUUUUUUUACACGCCAUGCCCGCCCCGUUUACUCCCUGGCCGGUUUAAAUGAUAACGUUACUCACACACGUGUCGAAGGGUCAUGUGUACUUAAUAGCAACAGACCUUGGGAUUUGGAAAACCCAAGCUGGCGCACUGUAAGACUAUGGAAAAAUAUAACUCAAUGGUUCUCGUAUUAUUAAGAAAACUAAUUAAAAAUAUAACCCACCCAGCCUACAAAGUUAAACAACAAAUUGCAAAAACGCUAAUUAGGACCCUACUCGGUCCUCAAAAUUGACAAGAAGAAACUUAAAAAAUCUUUCAUGCGCACAAAACAUAACCCACUAAUCCUAAAAAUUUUAACAAAACACUACAAAAAACGCAAACUAUGAGUCAAUUCGGUCCUCAAACUUGCCAAGAAGAAGCUUAAAACAUCUGUCAUGCGCACAAAACAUAACUCACUAAGCCUAAAAAUUUUAACAAAACACUACAAAAAACGCACACUAUGAGUCAACUUGGUCCUCAAACUUGCCAAGAAGAAAUUUAAAACCACCUGUCCUGCCUACCAAACCAUAUACAAUAGACAAGACAAUUAAUUAAAAUACAAUAAAAUAUAUUAUCAAAACAUUUUGAGAACCCACUGAAAAAAAUGAGAAAUAUUUGAUUACUCAUAAAUAAAAUUCAAUAAACUUAUCCUGUUACAACAGAAUUAUUAAAUAAGAAGAAGAAAACUCGUUAUGAGUCACACAUAAUGAGAACCACUUAUUAGAAAAUCGACUCCGACAUCGUGAUACCCACUUUAAAUAGACAAGAAAACUAAUUAAAAUACAAGAAAACAUAUUAUCAAAAAACUUUGAGAACCUGCUGAAAAUGAGAAAUAUUUGAUUACUCAUCAAAUAAAAUUCAACAAAAUUAUCCUGCUACAACCGAAUUAUUCAAUAACAAAAGAAAACUCGUUAUGUUUCACACCUAAUGAGAACCACUUAUUAGAAAAUUGACCCCGACAUAGUGAUCACCACUUUAAAUAUGUAAGAAAACGAUUUAAAAAUAUAAGAAAACCUAUUAAAAGGCAACCAAAAAUGACCCCCAUACUUUGAGAAUACCUUAAAAUAUACAAGAAAACUAAUUAAAAUACAAGAAAGUAUACAAUCAAAACACUUUGAGAACCCACUAAAAAUUAGAAAUAUUUGAUUACUCAUCAAUAAAAUUCAAUAAAGUUAUCCUGUUACAAUCGAAUUAUUCCAUAACGAGAAGAAAACUCUUUAUGAUUCACACCUAAUGAGAACCACUUAUUAGAAAGAAAAAAAAUGAUAACCACUCAAUCGAAAAUUGACGAGAAGAAACUUAAAACAUCUGUCAUGCGCACAAAACAUAACUCACUAAACCUAAAAAAAUUAAACAACACACUACAAUAACUCUAAUUAGGACCCUACUCGAUCCUCAAACUUGCCAAGAAGAAGCUUAAAACCACCUGUCCUGCCUACCAAACCAUAUACAAUAGACAAGAAAACUAAUUAAAAUACAAGAAAAUAUACAACCAAAACACUUUGAGAACCCCCUGAAAAUGAGAAAUAUUUGAUUACUCAUCAAUAAAAUUCAAUAAAGUUAUCCUGUUACAACCGAAUUAUUCCAUAACGAGAAGAAACAUCGUUAUGAUUCACACCUAAUGAGAACAACUUAUUAGAAAAUCGACCCCGACAUCGUGAUAACCACUCUAAAUAUACAAGAAAACUAAUUAAAAAUAUAAGAAAACCUAUUAAAAGGCAACCAAAAAUGACCCCCAUACUUUGAGAAUCACUUAAAAUAGACAAGGAAACUAAUUAAAAUACAAGAAAAAAAAUAUACCCAAAACACUAUGAUAACCACUUAAAUUGAUUACAUUGAAUGAUAUAAUAAAAUUAAUAUAAAAUACGAAUCCCUCUUUUGUCUUCUUUUUAAAAUAAUUUUAAAAUUAAUCAACUUAAUUACAAAUCAAUAAUAUUAGGCAUGCACAAAUUAAGCAAUCAAAUAUAGCCUUGUACAACAGUACAAAUAUAAUCAAUUCAAUAUAAUUACACUCGUACAACAACAGAAAGCAAAGGGAGGUCACUUUUAUAAGACCAUUACAAAAAAAGUAAUUAUCGGGUUAUUCCCCUUUGGAGGAGAACCUCCUCCCAAGUUCCUCCAAAAUACUAAUUGAUUUGACCUUACUACACUACUUAAGUACCACAUUUCCCAUAAUGAGUUUAGCUGCGGCAUUUCUCGUAAUGAGUCUAGCUGCGAACUUUCCCGUAUUGAAUCUAACUGCCAAUUUUCCCGUAAUAUGUCUAGAUGUGACAUUUCCCGUGUGAGUCAAGCUGCGACAUUUCAUGUAAUGUAUCAAGCUACGAAAUUUCCUGUAAUGAGUCUAGCUGCCACAAUCUCGGAAUGAGUCUAGCUGUGACAUUUCCCGUAUGAGUCUAGCUGCCACAUUUCUCGUAAUGAGUCUAGCUGCUCUCUAGAUUGUAGCAGUCCUAUCCAUGGAAAUGAAAAUCUGAACAUGGAAUUCUGCUAUUCAUUUAUUAUAGUUGGUGAACUAAAUCAGUGAACUAAAUCAGGGAAAAACACUUUGAAAUAAAUCAGUGAACUAAAUUAGUGAAUUAAAUCAGUGAACUCGAUCAGAGAACUAAAUCAGUGAACUAAAUCAGUGAACUAAAUCAGUGAACUAAAUCAGUGAACUAAAUCAGUGAACUAAAUCAGUGAACUAAAUCAGUGAACUAAAUCAGUGAACUAAAUCAGUGAACUAAAUCAGUGAACUAAAUCAGUGAACUAAAUCAGUGAACUAAAUCAGUGAACUAAAUCAGUGAACUAAAUCAGUGAACUAAAUCUGUGAACUAAAUAUGUGCUUAACUUCGGUACUAACAUAAAUUUGAUGUACACUCUUAUUUGCUCUCUAACAUAAACAAGAAAAUAACUUUCUUUAAAGAUGCAGUCAAAGAAAAUUGUUUUCUACACUUAACGACGGAUUCACCAUCAAACGACUUAUUGUAUCCUAGUGAUUCACCAUAAAAUGAAGUAUUGUAUCCUAGUGAUUCACCAUGAAAUGACGUAUUGUAUCCUAGUGAUUCACCAUCAAAUGACGUAUUGUAUCCUAGUGAUUCACCAUAAAAUGACAUAUUGUAUGCUAGUGAUUCACCAUAAAAUGAAGUAUUGUAUCCUAGUGAUUCACCAUGAAAUGACGUAUUGUAUCCUAGGGAUUCACCAUAAAACGACAUUGUUUCCUAGUGAUGCAUCGACGACUUUGGUCACAGUAGCGUAGCGAUUAAGACAACGUCGUCCCGGGCGGCCGGCCUCAAGACAUGACCAAACCCUGGCCAAUUGACCAAAAUAUUUUGAGUAGCCUUCCUCUACCUCAGGCAAUUCCAGUCUGCCUUGGCAUAAAUUAAGAUCUCGUAUGAUCUGUUUCGAAAGCCCUCCUCCAAUACAUUAACCAAGGGGUCACCAAAGUACGGCUCGGGGGCCGUAUCCAGCCCACGAUGCCGACUGUACUUGAAUUUGCUGAAUGAAACCUAUGGGACACGAAACGUUGUGAUGCAAUUUAAAUUUCAAUCUUAUGUUUAGAAUACUAAGAGAUCCUCACACAAUCAAUGACCUCUUGGCUGCUAUACGCCUUAAAUUUACCAUUUGAAUUUUAAAUUAUUUAAUCUAUAUUUUCUUGUUUACAGCUGACAUUUUUUACACUUAAAAUCUUACAAUAUCGUCUCAAAAUCGUACAAUACAGUAUUUUAAUAGUAAAUAAAUCAACAUACACUAGAUAUGCUGAAUAAAAUAACUAAUCACAUCGCAGUGCCAAGUGAGAUCAAUUUAAGCUGGCAUCAAAAGAAUUUAACUACUAAAAGUAGUUGACCGACGUUUAUAUUGCAAUAAGCGGUCACUAUGAUUUGUGGACGGCUAUUUACCAUAGAUAUUUAUUUAUACUGAUAGGACGUAAAGAUCACAUUAUCACAGCCUGCUACUUGUAAAAAUAAAGUUAAUGGUGAAAUUUAACGUGGUUCAAACUCGAUGUCAGAUCAGCAUAAAACAAGAUGUACUUAAAUAAAAAUUAAUACACAAAUGAAGACAUCAUUUAAAAACACCUACUUGGUAACUAAAGAUUUUUUUUUUAGGAAAGCUCGUUUAAAAAAGAAUCAGUAUUAUUAAGCCUGUUCCCGAGCAUUAUAAUAUUAAAAUUUGGUGCGACUUAUAUCUACGAGGAAAAAUUUAAAAGAAUGAUGUAUGUAAAGUCAACACGUCGAGCGAGACUGACUGAUAAUCAUUUGAAAACAAUUUUCUUGAUUGCAUACAGCAAUGCCAAACCAAACAUUGAUGAUAUCUUGAAAAUCCAAACAUCAUUUCACAAAUCUCACUAACCUGUUUUCUUGCUUAGUUUGUUAGAUACUAUCUUUGACGUAACUACCUGUUUGCUAAAAUCGCCCUAUCAAAUAAAUAUGAUGAAUGUCUUUUUUUCUGUUCAUUGCAGGCCACUCACCCAUGAUUAACAUGGAACACUAAUCUUAGUUUGUUUUUUUUUUCCCCAGAGAUUUCCUAAUGGCUUGCAAUUAUUGUACAUAAUGAUUCUACGGCCCGUGCUAAGUCAAUAUUGUACAUAAUGAUUCUACGGCCCGUGCUAAGUCAUUAUUGUACAUAAUGAUUCUACGGCCCCUGCUAAGUCAUUUUGUUACAUAAUGAUUCUACGGCCCGUGCUAAGUCAUUAUUGUACAUAAUGAUUCUACGGCCCGUGCUAAGUCAUUUUGUUACAUAAUGAUUCUACGGCCCGUGCUAAGUCAUUAUUGUACAUAAUGAUUCUACGGCCCGUGCUAAGUCAUUAUUGUACAUAAUGAUUCUACGGCCCGUGCUAAGUCAUUAUUGUACAUAAUGAUUCUACGGCCCUUGCUAAGUCAUUAUUGUACAUAAUGAUUCUACGGCCCGUGCUAAGUCAUUAUUGUACAUAAUGAUUCUACGGCCCAUGCUAAGUCAUUAUUGUACAUAAUGAUUCUACGGCCCUUGCUAAGUCAUUAUUGUACAUAAUGAUUCUACGGCCCGUGCUAAGUCAUUAUUGUACAUAAUGAUUCUACAGCCCGUGCUAAGUCAUUAUUGUACAUAAUGAUUCUACGGCCCGUGCUAAGUCAUUUUUGUCCGUAAUCGUGCCCGCUGUGAAAAAAGUUGGUGAGCGUUGCAUUCACGUAGAUCUUUAAUCCACAGCCGACGUAAGGAUGCAAAGCAGUCGAAAAUUCUGGCGAACCACGGACGAGAAGUAUGAGGUCAAGAAACGAGACUUGAAGAAUCUGAUGAGACUGGAGGAAAGAUGUCACUCGUCAAUGAUUGACAUUAUCAAAGUCAAAUCAGCUGUGGCAUUGGUACGGCCUUUUUACAUGUUGGUACAGGCAUACUAUCCAUUGGUACAGCCUUACUACACAUUGGUACAGCCUAACUACACAUUGGUACAUCCUUACUAAACUUUUGUACAUUUAUACAAUACAUUUUACGACCAUAUACACAUUGGUACGGUGAAACUACACAUUGGUACAGCCUUACUAAUCAUUGGUACAGUCUUACUACACAUUGGUACAUCCUUACUACACAUUGGUAAUCCUUACUACACAUUGGUACAGACUUAUUACACAUUGGUAGUCUUACUACACAUUGGUACAUUCUUACUAAACAUUGGUACAGCCUUAAUACACAUUGGUACAGCCUUAAUACACAUUGGUACAGUCUUACUACACAGUGGUACAUCCUUACUAUACAUUGCUGUAGUCUUACUACACAUUGGUAAAGCCUUAAAAGACAUUUGUACAAGUCUUGUUACGCAUUGGUACAGUCUUACUACACAUUGGUUCAACCUUACUACACCUUGGUGCAGCCUUACUACACAAUGGUACAGUCUUAAGACACAUUGGUACAGCUUGACUACACAUUGGUAAAGUAUUACUAUACAUUGGUACAUCCUAACUACAGAUUUGUAGAUUUUUACUACACAUUGGUAUAUCCUAACUACACAUUGGUACAGCCUGACUAUACAUUGGUAAAGUAUUACUAUACAUUGGUACAUCCUAACUACAGAUUUGUAGAUUUUUACUACACAUUGGUACAUCCUAACUACACAUUGGUACAGCUUUACUACACAAUGCUACAUUUUUACUACACAUUGGUACAGUUUAACUACACAUUGCUACAGUCUUACUACACAUUGGUACAGUCUUAGUUCGUAUUCGUAAAGUUUUACACCACAUUGGUACAUCCUAGCUAAAAAUUGGUACAUCCUUACUACACAGGGGUACAAUCUUAUAACACAAUGGUACAAUCUUACUACACAUUGGUAGUCUUACUACAUAUUAGUACAGCCUUACUACACAUUGGUACCAACUUACUAGACAUUUAUACAGCCUCAUUACACAUAGGUACAGCCUUACUGCACGUUGGUACAGCCUUACUACACAUUGUUAUAGCCUUACUACACAUGAUACAGUUUUACUUCACAUUGGUACGUCGUAACUACACAUUGGUACAGUCUUACUAAACGUUGGUACAGUCUUACAAUACAAUUUAGUCUUACUAGACAGUGGUACAUCAUAACUAAACAUUGGUACAGACUUACUUAACAUUGGUGCUUUCUUACUACACAUUGCUAUAGCCUUACUACAUAUUUUUAAAGCCUUACUACACAUUUGCAUAGACUUCCUACAUAUUGGUUAAGCCUUACUAUACAUUGGUACAGCCUUACUACAUACCGGUUUAGCCUUACUAUACAUUGGUACAACAUUACUACACAUUGGUACAGCCCUAAUACACAGUCGUACAACCUAAUAAAAUUUGGUUUCACGUUACUACACAUUGGUACAGCCUUACUACAAUUGGUAAAGCCUUAAUACACAUUGGUAUAGCCUUAGUACACACUGGACCAGUCUUACUACACAUUGGUAAAACCUUACUACAAAUUGGAACAGCCUUAGUUCACAUUGGUAUAGCCUUACUAUACAUAGGUACAUCAUUACUAAACAUGGUAUAGCCUUACUACACAUUGGUACAGCCUUACUACACAUUGAUAAAGCCUUACUACACAUUGGUACAGCCUUACUACACAUUUACAACCUUACUACACAUAGGUAGACUUAUCACACUUUAGUACAGUCUUACUACACAUUGGUACAGCUUUACUACACAUUGAUACAGUCUUACUACACUUUGGUACAGCUUUACAACACAAUGCUAAAUUCUUACUACACAUUGGUACAGUCUUACUGCACAUUGGUACAGUCUUAUUACACAUUGGUAGAGCUUUACUACACAUUGGUACAUUCUAUCUACACAUUGGUACAGACUUACUAUACUUUGGUACAUCCAUCCUACUAAUUGGUACAGCCUUACUCGACACUGGCACAUCCUUACUGUAAAUUGGUACAGCAAAUAAUUACAUUGGUAGUCUUACUACAAAUUGGUACAGUCUUAGUACACAUUGGUACAGCCUUACUAGACAUUUAUACAGCCUUAUUACACAUAGAUACAGCCUUACUGCACGUUUGUACAGCCUUACUACAAAUUGAAACAGUCUUAAUACAUAUUAGUACAGUCUUACUACACAUUGUUACAAUCUUACUACACAUUGGUACAUCCUAACUACACAUUAAAGCAGUCUUACUACACCUUGGUAUAGCCUUAAUACAAAUUGGUACAGUCUUAUUGCAUAUUGGUACAGUCUAACUACACAUUUUUAGUAUUACUACACAUCUGUUACAACUUACUACACAUUGGUACAUCCUUACUACACAUUGGUACAAUUUGACUACACAUUGCUACAGUCUUACUACACAUUGGUACAUUCUUACUACACAUUGGUACAACCUUACUAAACAUUGGUACAGUCUUUCUACACAUUGGUAAGUCUUACUACACAUUGGUAAAGUCUAACUACACAUUUGUAGUCUUACUACUUUUUUUUGCCUUACUACACAUUGGUACAGUCUUCCUACACACUGGUACAUCCAUAGUAAGUACACAUUUAUACAUCCUUACUACACAUUGGUACAGUUUUACUACACAUCAGUACAGCCUAACUACACAUUGGUACAGCCUAACUACACAUUGGUACAGUCUUAAUACACAUUUUAAAGCCUUAGUACACUUUGGUACAAUCUAACUACACAUUGGUAGUCUUAAUAAACAUUGGUACAUCCUUACCACACAUUGUUACAGCCUUCCUACACAUUAGUACAGCCUUACUACUAAUUGGUACCUUCUUACUGCACAUUGGUACAACCUUACCACACAUUGGUACAUUCUUAAUACACAUAGGUACAUUCUUAGUACACAUUGGUAGUCUUACUACACAUUGGUACAGCCUUACUACACAUUGGUACAGCCUUACUACACAUUGGUACAGCCUUAGUACACAUUGGUACAGCCUUACUACACAUUUGUACAGCCUUACUACACAUUGGUACAGCCUUAGUACACAUUGGUACAGCCUUACUACACAUUGGUACAGCCUAACUACACAUUGGUACAUCCUUACCACACAUUGGUACAGCCGUAGUACGCCAAAAAGCGUGUGAUAGAAUUUUGUUGAUAAAAAUAAUGGUUUUCAGAGUGGGGUUUGGCUUAAAAAUGAAUCAAUUUCAUAUGGCAACAAAACUCUAGCUACGCCUUUGCAAGUGGGGUGGUUGGGUGGUCAGCCCUGGUUUCACUUUUAUUUAUAUAGAGGGGCGGGAAUUUAUGAUAAAUUAGAAAUUGUAUCAUUAAAUGGAGCGUGGUAUAAAUCUAGGGCUGGCACUAAAUUUAGCCACUCCACUAGUCUGUGUAUCUAUCAGCACUAACACCAGCUACUCCACUAGGAGUUAUUAAUAAGUGUUAAAUAACAAGUGCUAACAAAAAAGUGCUAACUAACAAGUGCUUACUAGGAAGUUCUUACUAGGAAGUGCUAACUAAAAAGUGCUAACUAACAAGUGCUUACUAACUAAUUUAAGAAAAUCAGCGAACACCGAGCCGAGGCUCAUAUGGUCCUCCCCAACGCACCACCCCGCCUACCAAAUCGGCCGUCAACCACUCCCCCAGUGGUCUUUAUUUCGAUCGGGCCGUGAAGCGGCACGCCGGGGAUAUUCCGCCCCUAAGACCGCCACGCCCGACCUCCACUCGACUGGCCGCUGAGCGUGGCAGCCCCAGAGAAGAAACACCUGGCCAGCCGGGCUGUUGCUCACGCAGCAACAGGGCCGGACUUUCUAGGGGUUGGGGUGGAUAUAUUUAACGUCUCUAAAGUCCCCCUUACCACCCCGGGGGGACCGCGUAGUUGUUUAGACCGACGCCCUCUACUAGGGUUUGUAUGGUUAUUCUACGGCGCAACUAAUUCACACCGUAGAUGGGAGAGAGAGGUUGCCUGGGAGCAGUACCCUCAAGACUGCAUAUAUAGAAUCAUCGGUGAAAGGCUGCCACACACCUUCACCUCAUAUCCAUACGGCAACUGUAAUCAUGUCCCAACAUGUUUCUGCGUUUAGUAAAAUAAUUCGACUGCACUUGGUGGGAAGCCAUGCAGUCGUGCUCGCUCUAACGCAGUCUCCGUGCGUUACCCCUGCCUUGCGGCACAGGUCCCCUUUACGGUGGUAAUGUCACUAGGGUAACGUUCCAGGGGUUGUGGCCGAACGCCUCUUGGUCGACAUGUUAUUUAAGAGCAUGCCGGCUAGAGCCCUAGCGGGAACAACAAGUGCUUACUAAGAAGUUCGAACUAACAAAUGCUAACUAACAAAGAGUUUACUAAGAAGUGCUAACCAACAUGUGGUUGCUAAAAAACGCUUACUAUCAAUCGAGUUCUAACAAAGAGCUUAUUAACACGUGCUAACUAACAAGUGCUAACUAACAAGUGCUAACUAAUAAGUGCAAACUACAAAUGCUAACUAACAAAGUGCUUACUAACAAGUGUUAUCUAAUUAAGUGCCAACUAAUAAGUGCUAUCUAACAAAGAAUUUACCAAGAAGUGCUAAUUAACAAGUGAUAUCUAAAACUAUCAAACUAUCUAAAAAAACAGCCUUCUAACAAGUUUUAACUAACAAGUGCUAGAGCCUCAAGUAAGGUAAAUCCGGCCCCCACAGUAGUCAUCUUUAGUCAUACAAUUUCCUGCUCAUAAUUUAUUAACGCUGAAAUUUCAAACCAUAUUUAGCUUGAACGAUACAGUGUGUCACCAAGAUAGUGCACCAUAUUAACAUAGAGCACCAUAUUAACAUAGAGCUCAAUAUUAACAUAGAGCACCAUAUUAACAUAGAGCAUCAUAUUAACAUAGUGCAACCAUAUAAACAUAAUGCACAAUAUAUAACCAUAUAAACAUUGCACCUUAUUACCAUGGUGCACCAUAUAAUCAUAGGGCACACAAAUGACAUAGUGUACCAUUUUAACAUAGUGCACUAAAUUAACAUUGUUGAUCACCUUAAAAAGUAUGUCAUUCUUAUUUCCCUGACAAACUGUCGUAUCGAUAGUAAGAAGUAAUUAAUUGCAAUUGUCAUAAAUUAUAACUGUAUCGAUCCUUCCCGUCUUUAGCGUUAAAUAUCAUCUCCAAAUGUAGGCACCUAUUCUGUCAAAAGAAUCAUAUCUUCUACAUUAACAUCUCUAGAGACAACUACCCAUAGAAUCAUAUCUUCUACAUUAACAUCUCUAGAGACAGCUACCCAUAGAUUCAUAGCUUCUACAUUAACAUCUCUAGAGACAGCUACCCAUAGAAUCAUAUCGUCUACAUUAACAUCUCUAGAGACAGAAACCCAUAGAAUCAUAUCUUUUACAUUAGCAUCUCUAGAGACAGCUACCCAUAGAAUAGUAUCUUUUACAUUAACAUCUCUAGAGACAGCUACUCAUAGAAUCAUAUCUUUUACAUUAGCAUCUCUAGAGACAGCUACCCAUAGAAUCAUAUCUUUUACAUUAACAUCUCUAGAGACAUCGGCAUCCUUCCGUCUCGUGAGACGAUGGUGCAUCACCGUUUGGUUGGGUUGCAUUUUCUCGAGUGGCUGUGCAGUCGUAUCCUUGAGUGACAGUCUUUACCACAGUUUUUGCACACGAGUUCCGUGCUUCUAAAUGUUUUGGCCUUUCUCCUAGCUCUUCUGUCUGCAGCCUCUUCCAUUCUUCGCUCCUCGGCUACCAUGACGCCCUCUUUGACAACUGUGCGCCACGUAGAUCGGUCUUUUGCCUUACACUCCCAGUCACUUGUAUGUAUUUUGGCUGCUUUCAUGUCCCUUUGACAGACAUCUUUAAAUCGCAGACGUGGGCGACCUGUUUUCCUCUUUCCCGAAGCAAGUUCACCAUAUAGGAGGUCUUUCGGAAUGCGGCCGGGACUCAUUCUUUUAACAUGACCUAGCCAUCUCAGGCGUCUUUCACUAAGGAUUGUGAACAUGCUUUGGGUAUUCGCACGCAUUAGGACCUCACUAUUAGUCACUUUUUCUUGCCAUUUAAUACCAAGGAUGCGACGCAGGCAUCUCAUAUGGAAGCUAUUAAGCUUGCGCUCUUGGGAUGUAUAGGUGGUCCAUGUCUCGCUCCCGUAUAGUAGUGUACUGAUGACACAAGCUCGAUAGACGCACAGUUUGGUUUUCUCCGUUAGCUUGGUGUUUUGCCAGACCCGUUUAUUUAGCUUAGCCAUUGUGGCAGCUGCCUUGCCGAUUCUGCUGUUAAUUUCUUCUUCAAUGGACAGUGUGUUGGAGACCUUGGACCCCAAGUAGGUGAAGCUGUCCACAACCUCCAAGUUUUCGUUAUCGAUUUUUAUGUUAGGUGGAGGUUGAGUGUCUUGGGCCAUGAUGUUUAUCUUUUUCAAGCUGAUUUGCAGACCAAAUUCUUUGCAGGCAUUGGAGAAGCUUGACACGAGUUGUUGCAAACCAGUUUCUGUGUGUGCUGUUAGAGCCGCAUCAUCCGCAAAUAGUAGCUCGCGAAUCAGGACAUCUGUCGUUUUGUCUGUCUAGAGACAGCUACCCAUAGAAUCAUAUCUUCUACAUUAACAUCUCUAGAGACAGCUACCCAUAGAAUCAUAUCUUCUACAUUAACAUCUCUAGAGACAGCUACCCAUAGAAUCAUAUCUACUACAUUAACAUCUCUAGAGAAAGCUACCCAUAGAAUCAUAUCUUCUACAUUAACAUCUCUAGAGACAGCAACCCAUAGAAUCAUAUCUUCUACAUUAGCAUCUCUAGAGACAGCUACCCUUAGAAUCAUAUAAACUACAUUAACAUCUCUAGAGACAGCUACCCAUAGAAUCAUAUCUUUUACAUUAACAUCUCUAGAGACAGCUAGCCAUAGAAUCAUAUCUACUACAUUAACAUCUCUAGAGACAGCUACCCAUAGAAUCAUAUCUUUUACAUUAACAUCUCAAGAGACAGCUACCCAUAGAAUCAUAUCUACUACAUUAACAUCUCUAGAGACAGCUACCCAUAGAAUCAUAUCUACUACAUAAACAUCUCUAGAGACAGCUACUCAUAGAAUCAUAUCUUCUACAUUAACAUCACAGAAUCAUUUAUACUACAUUAACAUCUCUGGGGACAAUUAUUCCAUAGAACGAAAGCAUUGCUAAAAGAAGCUGAAUUCAGCCAUUUUUCAUUUAGGAACAACUCAACUUUUGGACAGAUAAGUAUGAAAGUGACAAAGAGCAGAUUGUGGCAGAGUUGGACAUAUUAAAAGAGAAGAGACAAGUUGGACUGGACAGAAUGGAGGUCAUCGAUUUUCUCACCAAACAGUAUCUGCCAAUCGUGGAGGACCACAGGUCAGCAUCGGGGGUGUAA